GUAACAAUGGCUGGAAUUGGGGAGAGUAUUAGAAUAGGGUCUGCGAAAUUACACGUGUUAAAUUUGAAUAGAAGCAUACCAGCACCAACAAAUUCUCACUUCAGAUGGCAUAAUUUGUACUAAUCCAAUUUCAUGCGUUUUGUGCUUCUUACCUACCACUCUUGAUUCUUGAACAACUCCAACUAUCAACAAAUUUUUACAAUCUCAAAAUCAUAUAUUUUCAUCAAAUAUUUUGCAUAAAAUCAAUAAACCAUCUUCUUCUUCCACCCAAAAAAUGCAGUUGAAAACAGUAGUAGGUUGGUUACUAGUAGCAUUCGCAAUCUACUGCGCGAUUGACCCGUUUAGCCACAGUUCACUCUCCGGGUUUCCAAACUUUGUCUCCUAUGAAGUUAAGUUGCCUGAUACCAAUUUAAUACCAACUAACAAAGACCCGUUUAAUCUACUUCAGAAAUCGGAUAUUAUACUAUUGGGUCAAAUCCAAGGACCCGAAAGCCUUGCUUUUGACCCACUUGGUCGUGGCCCGUAUACUGGUGUUGCUGACGGAAGAAUUCUUUUCUGGGAUGGCUCUAAGUGGACUCAAUUUGCUGUCACUUCUUCUAAUCGAACAGUAUGUGAUCCACAGCCAAAUCCAUUAGAUUACAUAAAGAAUGAGCAUAUAUGUGGUAGGCCAUUAGGCCUUAGAUUCAACAAAAAGACUGGGGAUCUAUACAUUGCAGAUGCGUAUUUUGGAUUGAUGAAGGUAGGUCCAGAAGGAGGCGUGGCCACGUCACUUACGACUGAAGCAGAAGGAGUGCCUUUAACCUUUACAAAUGACUUGGAUAUUGAUGAUGAUGGAAAUGUAUAUUUUACGGAUAGUAGCUCUCAGUACCAAAGAAGGCAUUUCAUGCAGUUGGUUUUCUCAGGAGAGGGGGGCGGAAGGGUGUUGAAGUAUGAUCCAAUCACAAAAAAGACUAGCGUUCUUGUGAAUGACAUCCAAUUCCCAAAUGGUAUCACGCUGAGCAAAGAUGGUUCGUUCCUUCUCUUUUGUGAAGGUGCUAUCGGCAGGCUAACCAGAUAUUGGCUCAAAGGAGAAAAAGCCGGAACCUCAGAACUAUUUGCAAUUCUGCCAGGAUUUCCUGACAACAUUAGGACCAACCAAAAUGGGGAAUUCUGGGUGGCGUUGCACUGUCGGCGAAGCUGGGCAAACCACUUAUUGGCAUUGCGCCCAAAGCUGCGCGAUUUCUUGCUUAAGCUCCCAAUCAAAUCCAAGUAUCAGUUCAUGGUGUUUAUUGGAGGCUGGCCACAUGGAGUCAUUCUCAAGUAUAGCCCAGACGGUAAGAUCCUACAGAUCUUGGAAGAUCGCCCCGGGAAAGUUGUGAAAGCUGUGAGUGAAGUUGAGGAGAAGGAAGGGAAACUGUGGAUUGGCAGUGUGUUAAUGCCUUUUAUAGCUGUAUACGACUUGGGUUUAAGCUCUACUUGAUUGCUUGUGUGUGUCGAACUGGUGCAGCUAUCUUACAAAGCAAUAGUCAGUACUCUGUUCAAACAAUAGGUCAGCUUUGGCUGCAAUUGAAAUUGCUAACAUCGAAUUUAUAUGGUUCUUGAAUUUGCUAA